AAAGCAGCUUCCAAAGUCCAUUAGCAGCCAGACUGAGCAGAACAGCAGACAUGACUACGCUGGCUGCAGUGGAGCUUGAAAACGCCCCUCAGGGUCUGCAACAUGAACAUGAAACUCUGUUUACUGUAGAUUCCGUUUGCUUCCUUGCAGAAUUAAUCUCAACUUUUGACAAACAGGUUGAUGAGAUUUUAAGGCACAGAGUUGCUAGGAAGAUGGAGCUGGAGCAGACAGGAGGUCUCCCGGGGUUCUCCAGCCUCACAUCUCGCCUCCGGGAGGACCGGACCUGGAGGGUGCUGCCUGUGCCAGAGAGGCUACAGAACAGGCAUGUGGACAUCGGAGACCUUGCGCCAUCUGACACUGAGCGCUUCAUUCAAGCUUUGAGGUCAAAGGCUCAGGGGAUCCAGGUUGAUUUUGAUGAUGGAAACUGCCCUACUUACUCCAAUCAGAUCAAAGGCAUUUUUAAUGUUUGCAAGGCAGUUCGUAAUCAGUUCCAAGGUGUGCCACCCAUUUCGAAAGCUCCUGUCUUAAUGCUCAGACCCAGAGCGUGGAACAUGGUGGAGCACAAUAUGAUGGUAAAUGGAAAAGAGGUCCCGGGACCCCUGUUUGAUUUUGGGUUGUUAAUGUACCACAAUGGAAAGCUGUUAGUAGAAAACAAAAGCGGGCCCUUUUUCUACCUCUCAAAGGUUGAAAGUUACCUUGAAGCCAGACUCUGGAACAACAUAUUUAUUUGGACAGAACAAAAGCUGGGUUUGCCAGCCUGCAGUAUUAAAGCCACCGUGUUAAUUGAGAGCAUUCUGGCCACGUUUGAGAUGGACGAGAUCCUGUUUGAGCUGCGCGACCACACUGCAGGGUUAAACUGCGGGAUCUGGGAUUACUCAGCAUCCUUUGUCAACAAAUUAGGCGAUCGCUCAGCCUUCCUGCUGCCGGACCGCAGUAAGUAUGUGAACAUGGAGAAGCUGUUUCUGCAGAGCUACAUGGACCUGCUGGUGCAGACCUGUCACAGACGGGGAGCCCUGGCGACAGGGGGCAUGGCAGCACUGCUGCUCCCCAAUGACACGCAGAGCGCCCACUACCACAGCGUCAUGGCAACUGUAACCAGGUUAAAGAUGCUAGAAAUCAAUGCUGGCGUGGAUGGAUUCAUGGUGUACGAUCUCAAGUUGAUUGAGCCAUUGCAAAAGCUUUUCCAGAAACACACGCUAGGCCCGAAUCAGCUUCAUAUUCUCCGGGAAGAUGUGGUUGUGACUCCUGAGGACUUGCUGGCCAUGCCUUCAGGUGGCGUCACCCUCCAUGGCCUGAGAUAUAACAUAGCGGUGGGAAUUCUCUUUAUAGAGGCAUGGCUUACAGGCAGAGGGCAUUUCUUCUAUCGUGGGCAGGUGGAAGAUUCAGCCACUGCAGAAAUCUCCAGGUCCCAGGUUUGGCAGUGGAUUCGUCAUCAGGUAAAAUUAGAAGAUGAUGACAGGGCAAUAAGCAGAAGUCUGGUGAAGAGUCUAGUGGAGGAGAUCAGGAGGGAGCUGCAGGACUUUCUGCAGUGCAACACAGAGAAAGCCAAACAGAGACUAGCAACCGCCACUGCCAUGUUCCUGGAAGUUGUACAGAAGCGUGAUUUCCCAGAGUUCUUCACAACGUAUCUAAAUUUGGACCACACAUUUCUCAGCUCCAGCACCUAAGCACAGUGGAUGGAUGUGAGCAAAGUGGAACUAAGGCUGCUACUCCUUAAUAAAAGUCAAUGCUGUGUAAA